UUGAUGCGCUAAACACUGACAGAGCAAUACUUGUUCACGUGGUAGGGUUACAGGUGGCCCUUUUCGUUCUGUCUGUUUGUUGCUGCCAAUUAUUAAUUGAAAAUAGUUGUCGAACACAAACGUAAACCAGGGCCAAGUCGUAUUUGAAAAAAUGAAAGAGAUAACCAUGGACGAUUACCAGUUCUUAGACAGUUUUAAAAAGAAACGCAUACAAUUAACUCUUAGGACUGCCGCAUAUGCUGGGACUGUUCAUCGUAUCAACCUGAAUAAUAAAUCCGUGCUUUUAGGAGACGUUGUUGAUGUCAAAAGUGGAAGGAAAUUCGCGGGAAUGAAACUCUUCUUUGGGCAUGAAAUUCUGAAUGUGGAAUUACCUCAUGCUCCAAAGCCUGAGCAAGGGAACAAAGAGGAUCACAGUCGUAGCACUGAAGGUCAAUUACCUGUGGAGUUUCAGCCAUACAGGAAGAAUAUAAAAUUGGACGAUGAUGAGGAUGAUGGGGAAUAUGUGGACUUUGUCGUCAUCGACGAGUUUUUCGAGAAGUUCGGGCCUGCGGUGAUGGAUAUACGCAAGCAGCAGGUGAUCGGAAUAGGUGCUGAUGGUGUCGGAGUCUCCCAACACGAGAGGCUCUGCUGGCUGCAGAUUGCCAGCAAGACCAGGGUCUACCUUUUUGACAUCCUGUUGCUUGGAGCCAGGGCCUUUAAGAAUGGGCUGUCUAUGAUCCUGGAAAGUGGCCACAUAUUAAAAGUCACCCAUGACUGCCGUGGCAUUGCCCGAUGCCUGUGGACUCAGUACGGGGUGAACCUCUGCAACGUCUUUGACACCCAGGUGGCUGACGUGAUGAGCUUCCAUGCUGAGACGGGCGGGUUUCUCCCAGACCGGGUCAGCACUGUGCAGGAGGUGCUGGCUCUGCACCUGAAGAUGUCUCCCGCAUGCCUGGCCUCCCUGAAGGUCAAGUCACAGCUCACCAAGGAGGACAGCGAGGUGUGGUACGUGCGGCCCUGCCCCGUGUCCCUGCUGAAGGUGAUGGCUCUGUCAGUGAUUCACCUGCAGCCCCUGCGGAUGGUGCUGCUGGACGCGCUCAUGGCUGACUACACGGGCCGGGUGGACUGCUGCCUGAGCGUGAGCCGAGAGGAGCCUGUGAACACGCAGAGCAUCGGCACGAGCAGCGGUCUGGAGCUUCCCGCCCAGCUGCGGGAGCUGGAGAGCCUCCACCGCCAACGCCGCCAGUGGGCCUCGGCCAGGUACCCCGUCACCCAGGGCGGCCUGCUGAUUCGCUCCCGGCCCCGGCCCGGGGAGCUUCCGCACCGCACCUCUGGGAGCUGGGGGGCAGACCUGCCCAUGGAGGCCGAGCGGUCAGCCCCCGGAGAGGCAGGGCAGGGCCCUGGAGAGUCAGGGCAGUGGGGCCCGCAGGCGUCAGGGGAGGGCCCUGGAGGGGCAGGGGAGGGCCCUGGAGAGGCAGGGCAGUGGGGCCCGCAGGUGUCAGGGGAGGGCCCUGGAGAGGCAGGGCAGUGGGGCCUGCAGGCGUCAGGGGAGGGCCCUGGAGAGGCAGGGCAGUGGGGCCUGCAGGCGUCAGGGGAGGGCCCUGGUGAGCUCAGCCGCUCCAGACCCAGCCUCGGGCUCUCCUCGUGGGCCGGCGGCCGUCCCUCAGGAAGCCCGGAGGUGACUCAGAUCCCGGGGAAGGCGCCAUCGGGGGAGGCCCCCGUGCCCACGGCGGGAAGAGACCGGCCGCUGGAGAUUGCAGGGCCGGGUGCGGAGGAGGGGACGGCUGGGAGAGGGCGCCUGCCCCAGAGGGAGGGGGCGCCCAGUGCUGCCACCUUCCCCCCUGCAGGAAGAGGCCUGUGUCUUCAGAUACCGCCGCCCGUCUCCAGGGAGCUUCCUGGGGCCGCAAGGCUGACCGCCCCCCGGGCCCCUGCCCCUCUUUCCCAACAGGGUCCGGUGUCCUCCGCCGGGGGGGCAGGGGGGGCACCGACUGUGGGAGCAGGCCUCAGUGGGAACGCGUCACCUCCUGGAACCAUGCCUGAAAAUAUAGUCUCCUUCGGACGGGGUUUGUUCUUCCAGAAAGCCCCCCAAAGUCCUUCAUCCCAGUUUAUCCUCUCCUUGAGGUCCUUCAAAAAGGCUGGUCAGUGAUGAAAUACAAUGUUCAUUGAAAAAAAAAAAAAAAAAAGGUAUAUCUUUAAUGUUUGGUAUGACUGGUUAUUUCAGGUAGUGGAACAAAUAAUGUUUAUGCAAAGAUUGUCCAGCAGGUGGCAGUAAAGUAUAAGUGUUGAACCAGCUGGUUCUGUUUUUGUGUUCUUGUUCUUGGACCAGUGCCAAGGGAAGAGGGAGGGGAAGAUGUAUUUGAUAUUAAUGUUCUUUUAUUCAAGUUCAUCACCAAAAUGGCUCAUUUUGCUUCUGUGGGGAUAAGCACCUUUAACAAAUUUCACAUAAUGUUGAAGUACUAUAGCAGCUGGAAAGAUAACAAUGAUUUAUCCAAGUAACCAAGUGAUUUAUCAUAGUAGUAGCGUGUUUUGUCAUGGAAGACAUAUGGUGCAUUCUUGGUCGCAUUUCAGUUUUGUGUAUUUUUGCGAUAUAUAUCGCAACACUUUCUUACCUGUUGCAAAACAUUUGUGAAAUAAAAUCAGUUCCAGGUUCCCCUUUUUUUCCACGCGAUACGUGUGGCUAAUUGUACUUGUGAGAUCUGUGUGAAGUGUCGUAAUUUAACUUGGUAAUGAGAUCCUUGGCAUAUAUUAAUGGCCAGCUCUUAGUCCAGCGAUAUCCACUCUCAAGCUUAUAAAAUAAGAAAACAUGCAGCAGCCCCACUCUAAUAAAGCUUUGCCAGACCCCUGAUGGAAAAAUAAAAACAUUCUAUUGAAUGUAGUGGUCCUUUUAGUGAUUCAACUGCAGUCCCUACAGCUGGUCUCCUUGUAAAAUUUACUAAUUAUUCAGUAUAGCUGCAUUUAAAAAAGCACAGAGAAAUAGUGUACUGGAACAGAAUUUCAAUAACGAAAUGGUUACAGUAAGCGUGAGAAUACUUCACCAAGCAUUCAGAACCUGUGUUAUAGGUUGCUUGUUUGUAGAGAAUGUGAUUAAUAUCAUAAUCCAGUUGAGGCAAUAUUCUGUAUUUCGGUCUUUACUACCAGUGCUAUAUGGCCAGUAAAUAUGCAUACUGUAAAGUGAUGUCAUCAGAUCAUCCCGGGAGGGAGGGUUUUUAUUGGCAGGAUUUAAUUUCCCUGCCUCAUGAUACAAUAGUGACUCCUAGGGUUGAUUGGGUGCUUGAAAACUGCCUGGAACUAUGUUUACUUACUUUCCUGUCUGCCCAGCGUAGCUUGAAUACAUA